AUGGUGGUGCGCGCGUUGCGCAGGUUGGGAGUAGAGAAGGCGAGGGUUAAUGAGAGGCAUGAUAUUGUGGUUGACACUCCGGGGUCCGAGAAAGGUUGUUUGAAGGUUUCUGGGAGUGCGUAUAAGCUUACUAGGCUAAGGAGUCUGCAUCAUGGGACUUGUUUGCUAAAUUCCAAGAAUUUGGGAAAUAUUGGGAGGUUUCUGCGGUCGCCGGCCAAGGAGUUUAUAAAAGCUAGGGGUGUAGACAGCGUGAGCUCACCGAUUACAAAUGUUGAGGUUCAUAAUAGGGAUUUUGAACGGGCAGUUAUCGAUGAGUUUGGAGAGAUGUACGAGACUGUCGAGCCGAUCAUCGUUACGGAGAAGGAGGAGGAUAUUCACGAAGUCACCCAAGGGAUCGCGGAAUUGACUUCUCGUGAUUGGAUAUAUGGGCAAACACCGCAAUUCACAUUUACCUACCCAUCUAACAAUGGGAACUCUGGCCCUUCUGAAGGCAGCACCGAGCAUGCUUCCUCCCUCCAAAUAGAAUUCACUGCUCGUAAUGCAGUCAUCCAAUCCGCUACCCUACACUCCAGCCUAUCCACAGGCAAAGAUUCCCACCCCAUCAUGGAGCAAGCUAUGGCGUCCUCCCUCCAGGAGGUCCAAGAGACUUCUCUGAAAGAUGCCAAGCUCCAUGACAUUGAAGACUGGGAGAGUGUGCUGAGCCCUGCAUUGAAGACGAAGUCAGAGCGGUCGACGUCUCCGAAUGCUGAUGGAAUAGAGGAAUUUAGUUUUGACCGAGCCUGGGAGAAGGAAUUGCGGUUCGUGGCAAAGAACCUGAACCAGCUUUUCGGAUUAGGGAAGUGA